AUGCAGGUGCUGCACGAGGAUGAGGCACUCCUUGUGGUGAACAAACCAGCAGGAGUGGCCGUCCACCCUUCCUCCCCUGUUUCAACAGUGUCGAAGCCCUCGAAGCGCAGGCUAUGCGUUACUGAACAUCUCACUGCGUACUAUAAGUCCAUCAACAGGCCCCUGCCUGAGACGCUCGUUAGCGACCCCAGAGCGCUGGAAAGGCGAGGGCCCCACCACUGCGACAGUCCGCCAUAUCCUGCGGUGGAUGUCUUAGUGCACAGACUCGACCAGGGCACAUCGGGUGUCUUGUUUCUGGCAAAGACAGCCGACGCGGCGACCGCUCUCCGACAGCAGUUCAAGGAUAGGCGCGUUAAGAAAGCGUACAUUGCUGUAACGCAGGGAGGGUUGCAGGGUCCAACGACGGUCAGUUCGGCCAUUGGAAGGUCAGCCACAGAGCGGCGCAAGAUGCUUAGCGCGCGGCAGGUGUGGGGUGUCUGUACACCUAACUACGCAGGCACCUCUGCAGGCAAGCUGCGAGGGGCUAUCACCCACUUGAAACCUCUCCUCUUCAACGGCAGGUUUCAAGUUGUAUGGGCCUCCCCGGUGACAGGCAGAACGCAUCAGAUCAGACUACACCUACAAAUGCUCAAGAAGCCCAUCAUAGGAGACUCGCUCUAUGGUGACGCAGUAGCUACCGCGGCCUUCCAGGCCCACAUGACGCGCCUUCGAGGCCGUCAAGGAGCAGGCAUGAAAGCCGCCGAGAAAGAAGAGGGGCGGCAGCUCAAAGGGGCCCCAACAGCCUUUCUCCCCCCCCAACCAGUGUUUCGCGGGGUCUCUCGGGUACUGCUUCACGCCGCUACGGUGUGCUGUGUGCAUCCGACAACAGGAGAGCCGCUGCGGGUGUCUGCACCCCUGCCGAGUGACAUGAGGGAGGCGCUUGAUGCCGUCAGCCCUUUGUGGCGCCAAGUACCUGAACUCUGCGAGUUCGCCGAGACCCCUUCUCAUGAGGAAAAAUACGACCCCCCCACUUAG